AUGCUACCAUCUGCAGAAGCUGCGAAAUUGUACCAGACCAAUUACGUCCGCAACUCCCGUGUUAUCGGACUUUUAUGGGCCAUCUUCACUAUCCUGUUCGGCAUUGUUAACGUGACCAUCUUCUCACAGCCCUAUUGGGUUGGCGAUGGCGUGGAUACGCCGCAGGCCGGCUACUUCGGCCUUUUCCACUUUUGCAUCAUAGACGCGAUCUCCAGAGAGCUGUCCUGCCACGGUACCUUCUCCGAGUUCGCGGCUAUCCCCUCCACUGCGUUCAAGGCCGCCUCCUUCUUCAUUGGGAUGUCCAUGAUGCUGGUUGUCACCUGCAUCGGCUGCUUCAGUCUCUUCUUUCUCCUCAGCACCUCCACCGUGUACAAGAUCUGUGGCUGGAUGCAAGCGUUGUCAGGUGUCUGUUUGGUGCUGGGUUGUAUGAUCUAUCCUGAUGGCUGGGACAGCGAUGAGGUCCGGCGGAUGUGCGGCGAGAAGACAGACAAAUACAGCCUUGGGGCCUGCUCCAUGCGCUGGGCCUACAUCUUGGCUAUUAUGGGUAUCCUGGAUGCGCUCAUCCUCUCCUUCUUGGCUUUUGUCCUGGGCAACCGGCAGGACGGGCUUAUGACAGAAGAGCUCCUGGCUGAGAGCAAGGGUGAGAGUAUACGAAAAGGCAAAGGCUCCCCCGAAGGCCAGUCAAGUUAUUUUGCCAGCUAUGACAAAUAA